UAUGUGACCCACCAGAGGUGCCCUCCACAUUUUCCAGCCAUCAGUCAUGGACACUGAAACUGUUCCCCCACAAGAAGCCUCCAUGACAGUAAACGAGCAGGUGAUUGUGAUGUCAGGUCACGAAACAAUUAGGGUACUAGAGGUGGGGGUGGACGCGCCCCUCCCAGCAGAGAACGAAGAGAAAACUAAGAAGAUAACAGCAGCUGGAGGUGGGGAGGCUCCUACAAGCUGCCCUCCAGAAUCUAAUGAAACAGGAAGGGAAACAGUAGAGCCAAACUCAGAGAAGGCCUGUGGAGAGUCAGGUGGUGAAGUUAAAUCAUUGCCUGAAGUAACUCCUGCACCCAUCCCCGGAAUUCUUCCCUUCAAUCAAGUAACAAGCCAGCAAACACAAACAAUAACUCCCGUCACGGUCCAAACGACACCACAGGUCUUGACUCAGGAAAACUUAGCAACAGUUGUGACAGGCGUAAUGGUUCCAGCAGGGGCAGUUACUCAACCUCUUCUUAUCCCCAUCAGUAUUGCAGGUCAAGUGGCAAGUCAGCAGGGGCUGGCUGUGUGGACAUUUCCUGCAGCAACGGUGGCUGCCCUCCCAGGAUUGACGGCUGCCUCUCCUACUGGGGGAAUAUUCAAAUCACCUAUAGCCAAUUUGCAAGCUGCUGCAGUGCUGAACACGGCAAUACAAGCCCCUUUGCCGGCGGCCCAGCCUAUCCAGGCCCAGCCAGCCGUCCAGCCACGGCCAGCAGUCCAAGCACAGACUGUCUUCCAGCCUCAAGUACAGCCAGCUAUUUUGCCCCAGCCCACCACCACCUCCACCCCACCUGUCGCCAAGCCACUGGAAACUCAAACUCAGAUAACAGUUCAACCAGCAGGAUUUGCCUUUAACUCUGGAAUAAUCAGUGCAGCUUCUCUUGGAGCACAAACCCAGCUUCUCAGCUCCUUGGCUGCCACACCAGUGAUUGCAAACACCAUCUCCAGUGUGCAGGGGAUAACAGGACAGAUCCUGACCAAUGCUCAGGGGCAAGUUAUUGGGACGUUCCCCUGGGUGGUGAACCCAACUGGAAUUGCCACAGCUGCCCCUGCCCCAUUGCAGGCACAGAAUCUGCAGGUGCAGGCAGUGACCCCGCAGCUGCUCUUGAACGCACAAGGCCAAGUCAUCGCCACCUUGGCCAACAGCACCAUCCAGGCAGCAACAGCUGUGAGGAAACCGAGCACCCCGGAGUCUCCAGCCAAGACGGAGGUCCAGCCCAUUCAGCCUGCCCCAGCUUUACCCCAGCCAGCUGUGGUCAUUGCGAGCCCCACCCCCACAGCCAAAAUAGCUUCUGCACCUGUGCCCAUCACCUGCUCAGAGACCCCAACCGUCAGCCAGCUGGUUUCCAAGCCUCAGCCCCCAAACAGUGGAAGCGAUGAAGAUGGAAUAAACCUGGAGGAGAUUAGAGAGUUUGCCAAGAACUUUAAGAUCCGACGCCUGUCUCUGGGUCUCACACAGACACAGGUGGGGCAGGCAUUGACUGCUACGGAGGGCCCUGCGUACAGCCAAUCCGCUAUAUGCAGGUUUGAGAAGCUGGACAUCACUCCCAAGAGUGCCCAGAAGUUGAAGCCCGUGCUGGAGAAAUGGCUGAGCGAGGCGGAGCUGCGGAACCAGGAAGGUCAGCAGAACCUGAUGGAAUUUGUGGGGGGUGAGCCCUCCAAGAAGCGCAAACGGCGCACCUCUUUCACGCCACAGGCCAUCGAAGCCCUCAACGCCUAUUUUGAGAAGAACGCCCUGCCCACGGGCCAGGAGAUCACAGAGAUCGCCAAGGAGCUCAAUUACGACCGGGAAGUGGUUCGGGUCUGGUUCUGCAAUCGGCGACAGACACUUAAAAACACCAGCAAACUCAAUGUGUUUCAGAUCCCUUGAAGGCCAAGCAUUGCACCAAGAGCCUUGUAGACACCCUGCGUUGCUGCUGUGAGCACUUUGUGGCUAAUUUUCCCUCUGCACCUGCCCGGUCCUUUUACAGUGAUGACUGGAGUGGAAGGCCGGAAACGGGAAGGACUUUCUCAUGUUUUGAUGUACCCCAGCCUUUUUGCCUCACAUGAUGCAAUCGUGUACACGUCGGCUGUGUCCUCCCUGAGUGUCGUACUGGAGCUGUGAAGGAGUUAGGGAUACAUGUACGUUUAGCUUCUGUGUCAGAUGAAGCACCACCAUCGCCACCACCCCUACCAUCCCCCUUUUAAAGGUCUUCCUGUGGGGUUUUUGUUUUGUUUUGAAAAGAUAUCAUUAGAACCAUCACCAGAACAGCAUCUGCGCAGAAAUUCUUAUUUCAUUUCGAAAACCCUCAUUCAUUUCAACCUUUUUUGUUCGAGACACUUGUCUCCGCAUACACAGUAACAGGCCCAGUAAACAGUAUCUAAGCAGAUUAGUGGCAUAAUUUAUAUCUCUUUCUUGUGAAUAUGAUGAUGAUGAUUAUAAUUAUACAGAGCACUAUUAAACUAAAUGACUUUUUAAAUCA